UUUCUUCCUGUCAUUCUCUCCCAAUCUUUCUCAGAGUCCUAAUUUCAGCACGGCACCUCUCCACGUCCAUUGGCGCGUCGGCGGAGCGCACUCGGGUGGAUUUCUUCUUCUUUGAGCUACUUUUGCAGACUGGCUCUCCUUCCCGUCUGAACUUACUUGAAAGGCGCAGACAGAACACACUAUGGCCGUACCGGCUGCUCUGAUUCCCCCAUCGGCUCUGGUCCAUCCGUGUCCGAUCUCAACUUCUUCGUCAGCAUCAUCAGCAUCAUCAUCAUCAUGCUCCGCGACCGCAGCAUCAUCAUCCUCGCCCUCGGCCACUUCUGCGUCUCCUUCUCAGUCAGCGACCCAGAAUCUGUUCCGCGCGGAUCUGAUCAGCACCAACUGCACCAACAGCAUCCCACUGGCCGGCAAGCCCGUGUACUCGACCCCGUCUCCAGUUGAAAACACUCCGCAGAAUAAUGAGUGUCGGAUGGUGGAGCUGAGGGGCGCAAAGGUGGCCUCUUUCACAGUGGACGGACAGGAGCUCAUCUGCCUGCCCCAGGCGUUUGACCUGUUUCUCAAACACCUGGUCGGGGGUCUGCACACCGUCUACACCAAACUCAAGCGGCUGGAGAUCACGCCGGUGGUGUGUAACGUGGAGCAGGUCCGCAUCCUGCGCGGGCUGGGGGCCAUCCAGCCCGGGGUCAACCGCUGCAAACUCAUCUCGAGAAAAGAUUUCGAGACCCUCUACAACGACUGCACCAAUGCCAGCUCAAGACCCGGGAGGCCUCCGAAACGGACCCAGAGUGUGACAUCGCCGGAGAACCCUCACAUCAUGCCGCACACGGUGCCGGGCCUCAUGUCGCCAGGAAUGAUUCCCCCCACAGGCCUCACAGCUGCAGCUGCAGCAGCAGCCGCCGCCACCAAUGCCGCCAUCGCAGAGGCCAUGAAGGUGAAGAAAAUCAAGCUAGAGGUGAUGAGCAGCUACCACAGCAGUAACACCCACAACGGGCCUGACUCUGAGAACGGGGACCUGAGUUCCAGUGUGGGCUUGGAGCUGCCGUUUAUGAUGAUGCCCCACCCCCUGAUCCCUGUCAGCCUGCCUCCCGCAUCCGUCACAAUGGCGAUGAGUCAGAUGAACCACCUCAGCACCAUCGCCAAUAUGGCCGCCGCAGCACAGGGACAGAGUGCCCCAUCCCGAAUGGUGACAUCAGUGAUUAAGGAACGAGUCCCCGACAGUCCCUCCCCUGCCCCCUCUCUGGAAGACGGCAGGAGGCCGGGGAGCCGUCCCUCGUCCCAGCGCAGCAGCAGCGUCUCUAGCUCUCCAGCACACACCGAGAGCUCCUCCGACAGAAUGCCUGUGCAUCAGAACGGGCUGUCGAUGAACCAUGCGUUACUGGGUCUCUCUCCCAGCAUCUUACCCGGGCCUAAAGAAGGCGAUCUGGCUCACGACAUCGUCCAUAAUGCCAAGAGAAUGCAUCUGGAGAAAGAAGAAACUCCCAUGUGCACGCCGACAGCCAGAGACAGCUAUGAGAGACUGUCGCUGGCAGGGCAGACUUUACCUCCAGGAUUCCCCUCACCCUUCCUCUUCCCUGAUGGCCUGUCGUCUAUAGAAACCCUGCUGACUAAUAUCCAGGGUUUACUGAAGGUGGCGAUUGAUAACGCUCGUGCUCAGGAGAAACAAGUACAGCUGGAGAAAACAGAGCUGAAGAUGGAGCUGUUUAGAGAGCGAGAGCUCAGAGAAACCCUGGAGAAACAACUGGCUGUCGAGCAGAAGAACAGAGCUAUCAUUCAGAAGCGGUUGAAGAAAGAAAAGAAAGCCAAGAGGAAAUUGCAGGAGGCGCUGGAAUAUGAGUCGAAACGACGAGAGCAGGCAGAGCAGACCCUGAAACAGACAUCACCUACAGAAAGUCUCAGAUCACUCAACGACUCGUUGACCCAGGAGAUAGAGACUGACCGCAGCAGUGGCAGAACAGAUGCUGAGAGGACAAUACAAGCAGAUGGAAGACUUUUUCUGAAAACCACAGUGAUGUACUAACAGCAUGACGUUGAAGACUGGCCACAUGUGUUUUAGGAAGAUUCUCCAGAGUCCCUUUGCAGGGUAAUUUAGUUACAGAAGCAGGUCAAUCGCUCAUAGAGGUGCACCAAGGGUUUAUGCUGGGCCCGAUGUGGAGGAUGGAUUGUGUCCGAAUGUAGUAUUAGGACUCGUAUUAUCACUGAUAUCAACAUUAUAAUAUACCAGAUGUGGGAUUGGAUAUGAUGAGUUGACCAAGGUGACAUUUUGAGCACAGUAAAACGUACCUUUUGGUACACUCGGUGAUAAUAUUUACAACAAAUUCACAGCACUGAAGAUUUUUUAUACUGUAUUUAAACCAGCGAGAAAGCUUUGGAAAUUCAAUCGGAUUCAGAGGUUUUGUUUUGUAUUAAAAGAAGAAAA